AUCGGCCCAAUAAAGAAGAAGAAACAACAACAAUUUUGCCAUAUUUUUUUCGACAUCCACAAUCAUCAUCAUUAUCAUCAAUAAAUAUUACGAAUAAUUCAACAUAUUAUCAAUCGAAUUCGGAUUCGACAAAUGACAAUGGAAAUAAACAUUCAUCACAACCACGAACAGAUUUAUAUACGAUCGAAUUGACAUCUCCAUCAAUAACACAACAACAUCACCAUUCAAGACAAGCUAAACUUGAUGAUGAUAAUAUUGUUUUCAAUUAUAAAUGUCCUAAACAACAUUUUAUUCAUCCAUGCGAUUGUCUCGAACUUGACAAACGAGCUGAAAUGUAUGAUGAUGGCAGUGGUGGUGGUGGCGAUGGCGACGACGAUAUCACCGUGAAUGGAACGCCAACAUUCGAAAUGAUCGAAGAGGAUCCCAUCCAUCCUGAUCUAAUUGAAACAGUUGUUCUUUGUAAAAAUAUUCGAAAUGCUCAAGUACUUACUGAAGCUAUUCGUGGUUUUCAAGGACAUCGAGUGAAUUAUAUGGUUCUUGAUGGAUGUAAACUACCUCCUUUUCCUAACAAUCUUUUCAAGGGCAUUCACAUUGUUUGGAUGGAAAUUCUAAAUUCAACUAUGCAAUUUCAUGACAAUUUCUUUCAAAAUCUUAGGCAUUGUCCAUAAAAUUCAAUCAAAAAAAAAUUGUAUAAUGACUUGAAAGUUUUCCCGUGAUUGGAAUCAUCGCUUUGUAAAUAAAUUUCUAUAAACAUUAAACAAACACUUGGGAUCGAAUGCAUGUUGGAAAAUUUAU